UGUUGGUAUUCUCGGUCCGUGCCCAAUCCUAACCUGUGAUUGGAAGAAAGUGUGAAAUGGGUUACGCCCGUAAAUAAUACGUAGAAAAUGAGUAUUAGUUCUGUUCAGACUUUUGCAGAGGAGUAUUUUAAUUCCUUGAAUCCUAUUGCUGAGAGGAUUAGUACUGAUAUUGCAGCUACCAGAGAUGCAUAUGAAAAUCUGUGGCAUACUUUAAGUUACAAGGACCGGAGUCAAGUUAUUGAUGAAACUAUUAUUCAUCCUGAAGCUGUUCUUAGAUAUUCCUUCUGCCCUCAAAAUGAACCAGAAGUUGAAUACUUCCCAUGUCUACGGUUUCAGACUGGACACAAGUAUAUUAGUGAUGAUGAAGGCGGCAAGGGUUUGGGUUUGACAUGGCGUGAUGAACAUUCUGCACCAUUUAUGUGGAUGACACGAAGCCAGUUAAAUCUCUGCAUUAUAGAUAAUGCAGAACAUGUGAGGAGACAUCAGAAUAUUGUGGCAAAUAUCCCUGUAACUAAUCGACAGAAACCAAAGGCUUCCUCACAUAAAAAGAUACAUUCUCAGCAUAGUAGUGUGUCAUUUAUUGAUCCACCAAAUAUUGUUUUGGGUGGAUCCUCUUCCAAAUUAGUAGGUUCUGUAACUUCAAAAAUAAAAUUUCCCCCAAAGUCUGGAGAUGAUAAUUUGUUAACAAAAAUCAAAAACAAAACAGCUGUACUAAAAAUACAGACUUUGAAGUCAACAGUGGGCAAAUCAAGCGGAGACAAAUCUUUUCACAGUAAUGAGCCUGAAAGAGGAAUUUUGGUUCAGUCAAAAUAUAAUUGCUCUGUAAUUCCCAGCUCAAAGCUUCCUAAACCUGGAGGAGGGAAAGCUGUCAUAUCAAAACCCAAAACUCCUCCUCCUCCUCCUCCACCUUGUAAGCAGAAACCUCAGACAGUACUCACUCCCCAGUUUGAUUCUGAGAAAGUGGCUCUGUUACACGAGAGCAAUGCAGAUGAGCUUGCAUGUAGGCAGUCAUCAACAUGUGAUAAUGAGGAAAGUAAUGAUGUGAGAUGUUCAGAUGAAAGUCUUGACAGUUUUGAUAAUUUUCAUGUUGAAUUAAAUAUUCCAUCCAGCAGUGAUACAGUUCCAAAAACUGGAUUUGAUUUUCUUGAUAAUUGGUAAUACUCUGUUUCUGCAUCGUUUUUCUGGAGUAUGUUGCCAACUAAAAGAAAAAAAGAUGCCCAAAGUAUGCAAGGGGCCUGCAAGUUUUAAAAUUUAUUAGGCCGUGGAUUGAUUGUAUUGAUAAAAGAAAGUGCCUCAGAAAUUCAUGACUUAUGUACAGUGUUGUUACUGAGUAUUAGUAGCAUUAGCUUACUAUUCCCAACAUGUCACAGUUUAUGCAGCUUGAUUUUCUAAAUUGUUACAACAGUUGUCAUUAAAAGCACAAUAUUUUAUCCCAGAAAACUGACUUUACUGUAAUAUGUGAGGCACUGUACUUCCUUUGUUUUAUUGUUACACAGUUCUGUAGUUUGCAGUAUUUAUUCAAGAGUGGUACUUAUAAUUGUGUCUUUGAGAACCGAUUGUGUUUGUGUAAU